GGGACCUUGAACAAAUGUUAAACGGUUCGAACCGGAAGUUCUUGGCGUGAUUUCGGCAUAUGUAGUAUUUUGGAUUUCUGCUGCUUUCGUCUGAAAGUUUUCCUGGAUUCUUCUGUUCAUUACUUUUGAUCAGUUGACAAAUUCGUCUAGCUCUAGUAACGUUUUCGAAAACCUUGUCAUGCACAAUGAACGUCGCAGUUUUAGAUCAAAUCUAGAUUCUAAUAUAGCAGAUACUAUUCGAGUAGUAGCCUGCAAACAAAAUCAAGACUUACGAAUUACUUUCGCUAAUGAUUAUGCGUGUUCAGACAGACCAAGACUUACCGGUAGCAAAGUGCCAUAUUCUGCUUCAGGCUCAGGAUUAAGAGAAACGAGUGGUCACAAAAUGCAUCGUCAGGCAACUACUGCAGCCCACAAAGGGCCUCAACUGAAUAGAAACUAUGGAAAUGAUGCCACUUUUGUCGCAACUCCCCUGGAUUCACAUACUCAAGUCAGUCACGGAUCAGCUAACAGGCGGCCACUUAUUAAUAAAUCAGAAUUCGAUUAUCAAAAUAAUCGUCGUUCUACACAUGGCAUGCAUUCCAUAAAUAAGGAUCAAGAGCAAUAUAAUCGUGACUUGAUGACUCAGUAUGAAAUAAAUCGGGCCUUGUUUCUGGCUAAUCCACCUCCAUCAGUUUUAGCUAGUCGUAAUCGUGGUCGCGGUAGUGGUAAUAAAGUAAAUGAUAGCCGUCGAAUAGAUAUACAAAAACAUCCUUUAAAUCAACCUGUACUAAAUGGAUCACGUAUGGAUCGUUCAACAGUUUUUCGGUCGACAUUAGAUCAGCAGCGUAGUGUUUUCCCCUCGAAAUCAAUCAAAGAGCGUGGAUUUUACAAUUUAAAUUCUGAACAUGACGGUCGGGAAGCCUUGUCCAAAAAUUCUCGUGGCCUUACGCGACAUUCGCGAGUUCAUUUUCAAAAUAAUUUUCAUCGUGGACAAGGUUUAAGACAGUACUGGGGUCAUGAUGAUAGAUUUGAAAAUCAUGAGAAUACUCCAGGACUUCGUGUUCAAAAUUCUUUUCACAAUGGAGAUUCUAAAAUUCGUCAUCAUUCUGGUGAUGAAUAUAUUGAUGAUUUAACACCAGAAGAUAUUGCAAAGUACAAAUUAGAAAUCAAUAUGGAUAAACCACGCUCUCUACAUCAUCAUUAUCAACAUCAACACCGACCAAAUCAUCAUUACUACAAUCCUCCCAAUAAUCGUUAUUAUCCACCUCAUCAUAAACAACCUCAAAAGAAUUAUUCGAAUGCUCAUUACACACAAUCAUAUAAUUCAUCUAGGAAAGAGCCAGUUCGUUCAAAUAAUAAAAUACGAGGUUCAUACAGUAGCGGCUACAAUACUAAGCAAUAUCAAACUGACGAGAAAAACAAGCCUAGGUGUUCCACAAACAAUGAUAAAAUUCCAGUGAGUGGAAUGAACAUUAGCGAGGACAAUCAAGUUGGUACUGAUGAGCCGAUUCAAACAAACGAUCCCACUGAAGAUUCCCCAUAUUUUGAGCUCGACUUUGCUAGCGGAAUUUUCGACGUACAAAUUCAUGAGCGAGCUAGAUCCUUUUUAACUUUAGGUAUCGAUGACAGUGAGCUUUCUCAAAGUGAUUGCUACACAAAUAUAUCUGAAUUAAAUACGCAUGGAAUGCAUCGAAGUCACUCUCUUCCGUCACUUAGAGACUUGGAAAGAAAUUACCAGCCACAUUCAUUUGAGGACUGUACAACACCAACGAUUAGCCUUAAUACUGAAGGAGUUGCAGAUUUAUCAACGGAAAUUAAUACAGUAACUACCUCAGUAGAAACGACAGAUAUAAAAUCUGACAAUAACGUAAAUAUAUCGAGUGCAAAUGUUUGCGAUAGUGAUGUAGCACAAUAAUGCAAUAAUAUGGAGAACGAAAAUCGAAGAUAACGCAAUGAUCUCUCAAAAAUGUAAUGGUCGGAUCACUAACAGUCAAAUGUAUAGCCUCAUUGUUUCUCUUUACCUCUUCUUAGAUUUUUUACUUGUGUGACUUCGAAAAUGUUUUUACUUACUGAUUGUUAUGACAUUACCUUAACUGCAAUGAGAUACUUCACUCGCUCCUUUGUGAUUAUGGAUUAACUUGAUUAAUGAUAUUGUUUAUUAUUUGCUAGUUUUCUAUGACAAACUUAUUGAUAAAUGAAAGGCCAUAUCAGUCAUGUAACAUUUUUUCGAUUUCUUUAACAUUUAAAACAUAAACUGUACAAAAAAGCUAGAGCAUUAAAGCCAAUAAGUUAAGAGUUAGUGUAUAAUGAUGGUGAUACAAAUAGAAAUUAACUAACAUUUGAGGAAUAUAAAUUAUGAAAUUCAAUUUUUGAAAUAUCAUGCACGCAAGUGUAAUCUGAUGCACUUAAAUAUUCUAACAGUGUAGCAAUCAGUCAACAGUUCGAUUACGUUGGAACAUUUAACCAUCAUAUUUUUAUUUUCACCAAGUAACUAGUACGUCAAAAGUUAUUGUAUGUUUGACUACAACAAAAAAGAACAAGCAUUGCUCUAGUUCACCGUGUGACCCAGUUUUUAGAAUUCUUAAUUACUGCCGGGUAGACCGCUGUAUUACAGCAGCAUAUUUUUUUAAACCUCGUGAUAUUUUUUUCAAUUAAUUUAGAGCAAAAGAUUAUUUUUCCG